CAGCCAGCGCGCGAGGCAAGCACCAGAUCGAAGCAUACUUACAUACACCCGUUGGUAGUCUGCAACUGCAAGAGACGUACUUACGUACGUACGUGGCGAUCGAUGAGGGUCGUCGGAGCUGCAAAGCCGGAGAGGAUGCCUUCCGUGGAGCGGGAGCCCAAGACGCUCUCCCUCGGCGAGCUCAACUACGCCAGGGAAGCGGCGCUGUACGUGCUGACCACGCACUCAUGGCAGGACGCCGCACGAAUCUUCACCGAGGGUCUGAAGCAGGUGCACGGCGUGAGGAGGAGUUCCACGGACUCGGACGACGACGACGACGACGAGGAAGGGGACGUGUUCGAUCCGGACGCGCUCGUCGACGAUCACGACGCGCGUCACCGCCGGCUGCGUGGGCGCGUCGCCAAGAAACGAGACUUUGCUACAGCACCCUUCUAGUUACGGGGGUUCACAUCCCUGUAGCAUCCCUAUAGAAAAAGCUACGUAGGAUCAAAUCCAUGCCGCACAUGUAAACGUACGGCUGUUCCCUCCCCUAGAAAAACACAACAUGUAAAACGGUUGUCUUCUGUUUUGCUACCUGUUCAUAAAGCUUUUUUCUGUAACAUAUUAGCGGCUUCUGCUGCCGCAGCAGAUUUUUCUUC